GGCUAAGGAGCCAUAAAGGAAGAGCUGCUCUGAGCCCAGAGACCACCCAAGUGCCCAAAUGCCCCACGGCCAAGCCCCGGAAGCCAGCUCCUCCCGCCCCUCCCCGUCCUUGUGGAGACAAGGCCUCCCUGUCGCUUCGGCUGUCCUGGGAUCACCAUUUAGACGGCCUGCCUUUGCCUCCCGACCGCUGAGAUUGAAGACAUGUCCCACUACAAGAAAGCAAGGCUCCCGGAAGGCGUUACCCUGUGGAGAGGGUCCACAGCACAUUUACUGAGCGCCCACGGGGCGCUCGGCCACGCUGCCCAGCCAGGGAAGCGCGGACCCACGCGCCUCCUCUCACCGGAGGCCGGGGGACGCUUGAAGACGGAGGAGGGGUUUCCAAAGAAGCCGCGCUCCAGCAGACCGGAAGUGCAAACACGUAGAGGCUCGGGAGCAGGAAGCGGAAGUGGUGGCGGCCGCCUCGGUUCCCGGAGCGGAGACAGACAGCAGGGCACACCUAGGGCAGACCGAGGCGGAGGUCGAGGGAAGCGGAGACGGGUAGGGAGUUCGCGGGAUGGGAGGGCCGAGCCGAGAGAGGACCUCCAGUUAGCGCGCGUCGGCCUACGAGAUGAGUUCCAAGGCCAAGAAACGCGUGGUGCUCCCCACGCGCCCCGCGCCUCCCACGGUGGAGCAGAUCCUGGAGGACGUGCGAGGUGCAUCCGCCCACGAUCCUGUCUUCACCGCCCUGUCCCCUGAAGACCCCCCAGACACAUCCCCGAGGGCCGAGAACCAGCAGGAGCAGAUCUACCAGCAGAGCCGGGCCUAUGUGGCCAUGAAUGAGAGGCUGCGGCAGGCAGGGGAGGCACUGAGGCAGAAGUUCGAUGAUCUUCGGCAAGCCGGUCACAGGCUGGAGCAGGAUGUUAGCCAGCUGACCUCCGCCGCCACCUAGAGCUACCCUGGAUGCCCUCGGCCCAGGCCUGGGCACCUGGCAGCCAAAGGCCAACACUUGCUGUGCCAAAGCUGGACUGAGGGGACCCAGUGGCCCACUCUUCAGGCUUGGAGUUUGUUCCCUCUUCCGUCCUUGGUGGCCUCUAAUUUGUAAUGGGACUUGAGGACAUAGCCACCUCCUUGUUCAUGGGGACGCCAGCCCCGAUUGCAUCUAGGACGUGGCUGCAGCUCGGGGCUCAGAGCCAGUCUGCCCCAUAGUGAGCAGGCUUUCACCCAUGUGUUCUGCUGCCUCCUAUCACCCCGGGCAGCCAAGGUCUUCAUCCCCACCAUCCUUGAAGCCCAGCAACCAGUAUGUGCGGAGUCAUCUUGUUUGAGAGAAUGGACUGGCAAACCCCUCCCCGAGCCUGGCUAGGUCCUCCAAGGCCUCGCUGGCUUUCCUGUUCUCCCUGGGGCUGGGUGACUCAGCAAGGGGGUUUUCAUUGGGGGGGGGGGUCGAGGGGUACAAGAGGAGCCCAAAGACAGGUGAUAGCUCAGGGAUGCCUGCAGCUCCCUGUCGUGCAAGCAGAGCUGGGCACUCACUGGACCCCUGUGUGAGGCGCCCCUUCUGGACCUGGGGUUCAGUUUACCUUCUUGCCACGCUAGGGUGGGUGGGCUUUAUUCCUGGAAGAUCAAAGGUGUUUGAUUCCUGAGCAUGGACCUCCCCUAAGCUGGACACUGGAUCACUGGGGCCCACGCCUAUGCCCGGCCCCUUCGCACCUCAGGCAUCGGCCACUCUACGUGGGGUCUCAAUCCCAAACGGCCAGGGACUGUGUUAAAAAUGGCCUUCACGUGUGGCCAGGUUAUUCCUGCCAUUCCCCAUUCCUGGUGGUCACCGACCUGUUUGGCCUGACUAGUGUAGCCUGGGUUCCUGGGUCCCUGUCUCUACCACAAUUGGCCAGUGGCCAAUGUCCGAGAGCAGAUGGCCAGGUGUGGCUUGGCUGACCCUGGAUCAAGUUCUGCUCCAGCAUGUGGGGACCUGACGCCUUGUCCAGCCAGCUGGGAGCUCAGACCCACACAAACGCCUUGUGUGCUUGGACCAUAGCUGCCGUAGAAAGUUCUGGACCCCUCACCCCCGCAGAACCCAUGUUGAAGAUGAAAGCCUUGGGCACCCCAGAGCGACUCACUUUAUUAAAGAUGUGAACAAGAACCAGAA